CACUACACCACAUAUAAAGUACAUUUAUUGUGAAAAUACAAAUUAACUUUCAACCCUGCAGGCCUGCUUCGGAAAGACAACCCGAUCAAGCAUGUUCAGUGCUUAAUGUCAACUAAGUAUACCGGGGUUAUCUGACGUUGUUCAUCAUCGUCUGACACGUUCGUCGUCGGACAAGGUGUUCUCAGAGGUGUGUUUACAGUGAAACGACUCAUCUCACGAACAGGCGCAACACGACCACCAAGAUGUCUUCCGCAGUCACACCGAUCGUUGAGCUCUACCGAUAUAUCCUCCAGCCGAUCGCGCCCUUUACUUGGUUUGGUCUACCCAUCACCACUCUCGACGUUGCAGCAGCAACUCGUUUAUGUGUUGCUCUUCGUCAAAUUAGGGACAAGCUACGUAUCGACCAUGAGCUUGCUAGAGCGAAAUCUGGACAAGCUGCAAUCGUAGAGGAACGUUCAUUCGUACGGGACAUCUCUGCGACUCUUCUUGUCGUGUAUGGAGGGGAGGCCGUGACUUGUCCUUUGUUGGGUAUCCCGCCUUCUUUCAUGAUAUCUGGAGUUUUCCCCGCCUUGUAUACCGGUAUACAAGCAAUCGUCGACAAGUUACCGUCGGUUCCGACUCCAUCUCUGACUUAUGAACUCCCUUUGGCUUUUAUGGAUAGCCUAAGUCGUGCAUACCUCCUCUGCAACUUGAUACCGCCCGUUAUUCUGAACCACUCAUCGGAAAUCGUGUCUACAUCUCCUUGGACCCUUCUACUCACGUCUUUGUUGACCGCUAAUACCGGGUUUUUCUUCGUUGGGUUAUUCUCAUUCCUCCAACCGCAUUCCCUAUCAGUCAGAACACCAACAGAAUUCCUCCCUUACGGUUGGACAACCACCGACUUGUGGUGUGCUCCGUUAAUUACAGGCCUAUUCGCCCUUCUCACACAUGCCCAACCGUUCUGGGCUGACGCACAUUAUGUCGUUUCCGGUUGGCUGCAAGGCACUCCCGCUGAUAAGGUCGCGCCUGUGGACCCAGAAAUUGCUAGAGCUGUUUGUGCGGCUUUGCUAGCGGUGAUGUUCUCUACUAGAGCUACAAAGAACUUUGGAGGUAAUAUAGCUGUCGAGGAGGAGAAGACGAAGGCGAAGGCACAGUGAUACUGAUACUAGUAUUUUUUGUGUUGAUCUAGAUACAUUUAUGACGAAUUACUCACGAGAUUUAGUAUGAUCAUAGAGAAUGGUUGCAGUUCAAGAGCUGUCGUACCCGUGUGGCGAAAUACCUAUCUGCAGUAUAUGCGCAUCGCCGAUGGUGUGGAUCCGGAAUACACGCCGCUGUGAGAGAUAAGUAUCAGAUAGGAGCGUAUUUUUCACUUCUUUCCAGCCUGAGUGAUUAUGCAGGUAUGUUCGACCUUCGGGGAUGAUUGGAGUAGAAAGUCCUUCUGCAGCUGAGAUUUCCUCUCGACGUUGGAUCCAAGAUGUUAGUAUCUAGAUAAUUGUCGUAGACCUGAGCAACAGUAGUAGUUAUGUACAGUACAUAUCUAGAGCAUUUGCCAUUACAACUUUGACAAACGAGUACGUGCGGUAUGUGCCGUAUUUAUAAUACAAUUCCCGUAAUCAC